UAUUUUUUAGUAAAUUUGUCUAGAAUUUUGCGAUUUACUUUUUUCGAAGGAAUUUGACGUCGAUGGAAAAUUCGCUGUUUCACUGACAGGAAUCUAUUUCGUUUCUAAAAUAACUGUGCGACCUUUUCUUCGACGAGAACGGGAAAAAACGAUAAAUGUUUCGAAAAAAAAAGACAAAUUGUAUAUCCUCACGGUUACCAAAGUUUUUUUUCUCGUAUUUUCUUCUUUUCUUUUCCUUCUAUUUCGUAGAGAAUUCAUAAGUUCGGUUAUAGUAAUUCCGAACGAAGGAACUUUUCAACUGAAUUAUAGGGUAAUGAGAAAGGGUUGAUAUAAUUGUAGAGCUUAGAAACUUUGAAAAUGGAAGAGCUUGAAACUAGCUCUUCUUACAAUCCAGCCAUUAUUUUUUACUAAAGACGUAUUAACUACUUGAUUAAGGGAAAUUGCAUAAUCGAUGGGCUAAAGAAGAAAAAGAAAAAAAAAAGUAAGAAAGAAAGGAUAGGAUAACUGUAUCAUUCAUGCGCAUUUACCAUUCUAUUGUUGUAAUCCAUUAUUAGAGGUUCGUCGUCUAGCAGACCUAUCAAUUUUUCUUACCAAAACUUGGAUAACUUUUUUUCCUUCGAACGUCCAAGUUUACCUCUGGAGUGGAUCGGCAGUUCGAGGGCCAGUUUCUUGACAACUUUCGUGCGAAUCAAAUGGAAAAUGAAGGAAAAGGUGUUGAAUCCUCAUAUGCCAUUAAAGUGUUAACAUGGAACGAACGAUUGCUUCGUAUUUCGGGUAUUUGGCCCUUGCAAGUACGCGACUCGAUAUUUUUAAUAUAUUUUAUCUACGGAUGUCUCAUCACGUCUGCGAGUUUUCUCAAUCUCUUCGAUCAUUUGUUGGAUUUCGAUUAUAUUAUCAUUAACCUUGUAGAAAAUAUAUUAAUGUCUACUACUCUUAUGAAGAUGAUCACUUGCAGAAUAAACAGCCGACCGAUUGCUCGGUUCCUGAAAGAAAUUCAACAAGAUUUCUCCGAUAAAAAUUAUCGUAAUACGGAGGAGAGAUCGAUAUUUUAUUAUUACAAUAAAUUAUCCUAUAGAUUUAUCGCGAUAACUGUAUCAUCGAUGACCCUGGUACUCGUCUCGUAUUUCGUUAGAGAAGCUCUAACGUCUGUGCAAUCGGUUAUGCCCAAUGCAACUUUCGAGUAUCAAUUACCUUACAAAAUAAAGCCACUCAUAAAGCCAAAAAAUACGAUGAGUUUCCUCCUUGGAUGUAUAUAUCAGAGCCUGUCCAUUCCUCUGAUCGUUUCCGCUUACGUUGGAGUCGAUUGCCUUUUCGCUAGUUCGGCCCUUCAUAUAACUGCCCAAUUCGCGAUACUAAAACACCGAAUUGCGGAAAGUUUAGAGGAUAGCGAACGAGGUUUAAGGAAAGUAAUCCUUGAACAUUGUCGUCUAAUCAGAUUGGCAGAAACAUUGGAAGAUAAUUUUACUGCAAUUAUUUUUCAACAAUUAUUAGCGACUACGUUUCAGCUUUGUUUGGCUGGCUAUCAGAUGCUCGUGUCUUUGGCCAAAAAAGAAGAUGAUCAAGUUAUUCUUUUUCUAAUACAUGCUUGUGGAUUAUCGACUACGUUAUUUGUAUAUUGCUACAUCGGCGAAGGUCUCAUUCAGGAAAGCAUGAACUUGAACGAAGCGUUUUACAACAUCAAAUGGUACGAUACGUUAUCGACAAAUUUCAAAUUAAUUUACAUUUGCAUGAUGCGCACGAGUAAACCACUCCAACUGACAUCUGCCAAAUUUCGCGCCUUAUCGUUGUACACUUUUACCGAUAUACUGAAGACAUCUAUGGGAUACUUAUCCGUUCUACGAACAUUUUUAUAAAUUGAUUUACCCGUUAAAGUGUUUAUA